AUGCAAACACACAAAUUCUAAAAUUAAUAAUUAACAUUGUUAGACUUAGUUUUAAAGAAUGAAGAUGAUUAAUAUAGAAUCAAAUCAUAAUCAAAUUCAAGUAGAUUCGAACAAGAAGACGUCUAACAUUCAUAAUAUAAUUAAUUAGGUAUCUCUUUAUAUUAUGAUGCAAAUAUUACCGGUAAUGAAUAAUUUGUUAGUAAUAAAUUGUUUCGUUCUAUUCUUAAAAAUAUUGAAGAUAAACUCUUAGAACUUGAAACUAGAAUGGAUAACAAAGAUAAUUUUAAUAAAUAUACAUUUCAUAUAGACCAAUUCAAAAAUUAAUAAAAUCGCAAUCCAUUUCUUAAAGAAGACAACUUUUCAUAAGAUUAUAAACGUUAAGACAGUUAAAUUUCAGAAAUGAUUGAUGAUCAAUCUGUUAGAGAUACUGGACUUAAAUUACAUAAACCAAGCAGAUCAAGAUCAACUUGCACUAAUAAUUAUGAUGAAUAAUUAUCCUCUUCCAAUAAUAAUGCUUCCAAUCUAAGAUAAAGAAAAAAUAAAAUCACUGAAGAAAGUACAUUCUCUAAAUUAAAUCUAUUUGAGAAGAAACUUAUGUAAUUUUAAGAUUAAUUUUAAAAAUUACUCUAAAAAGAAGAAAUCUCUUUUAAAAAACUAGAGUAAUAAGUUUAAUCUGCUUUAAAAGAAGCUGAAACAAGAUUAUUUUAAAAUUCUAAAUCUAUGGAUAAAUAUUCUGAAAGUCUUAACAAUUAUAGUGAAUACUAUAAAGAAUUUCUAAAUAAAUUUUAAUAACUUACUGCUUAAAUAAAGUAUUAAUCUAAUUUAUCAUAGCAAUCACUAAUAAGAAAUAAAUAGACUGUCAGAUGAAUCAAAAAUACCCUUCAUUUAAUUAGAAUCCACAAUAGCUGCAAUGAAUAAACUCUAAAAUAUGCACAAUGAUUAAAUACUAUCAAUUAAAGAGUCUUAUACUUUUUUAGAAGCAGAUGUACUUACUAUAAUGAAGAAUUACAAAGACUUAAUUCUGGAUAAAUAAAAUAAAAGUAUAAGAUGA